CACACCACCCCACCCCCAUAUUUGGACGGCGCAUACAUAGCUAAAAACGAAGUACAGUGCAACGCCAUAAUUCACUAAUACAUCAUAAAUCGUUGAAAGUACCCGCGUUAUAACGACCGAGAGAAAUCCAACAAAUCAAGCGCCCCGUGGUACUUAACUGUUAAGGCUGCAACUCUCUAAAACAACCUAAAUGAGCUCUUACUUUGUAAACUCCUUCUCGGGGCGCUACCCAAAUGGCCCCGACUAUCAACUGCUAAAUUAUGGAGCCAGCGGCGGCGGCGGCGGCGGCGCGAUGAACGGCGGGACGUACAGGGACUCUUCCUCCGCCACCAUGCACCAUGCGUCGGGCUCGUAUGGCUACAGCUACAAUGGCAUGGACCUGACCGUCGCCAACCGAGGAGGCGGCGGCGGCGGUGGCGGCGGCGGCGGAGGAGGAGGAGGAGGACUGUUCGGUGGCGGCUCAGUCGUCGGGGACUCCAGGGGCUUCGGCUCGCCGACCUCGGAGAGAAGCUUCCGGCAGCCGUCCAGCUGCUCUCUCGUCUCUGCUGCAGAUUCCCUCCUGUCAUCCAGCAAUGGAGACACUAAGCUGGGCGCUCAGAGCUCUUCCCCUCGCACCGAGCGACCAGGAAGCGGUAAUCUCGGCUCCCCUGGUGCCGCCGGUGGUGGUGGGGGAGGCGGCGGCGGUGGCGGCGGCACGGCGCAGUGCUUCACGGAGCUGGACGACACGUCUCCAGACAACGACCAGUUGCACCACAGCCGGGACGCCGGCCACGGCGGCAGCGCGCCCUCCAGGAACGCACACCCGCAUCCCGUGCAGAAGCAGCAGGAGGGGGUGACCGCGGGGACGCCCGGCGGCGCCACCCCCGGGGCCUGUGUGUGUUUGUGUGUGUGUGUGUGUGUUCGCCCCACGCCUCCAGACAUGGCGGGCCCGGACGGUAAACGCGCACGGACGGCGUACACCCGCUACCAGACCCUGGAGCUGGAGAAGGAGUUCCACUUCAACCGGUACCUGACGCGGCGGCGGCGCAUCGAGAUCGCGCACGCCCUGUGUCUGACCGAGCGGCAGAUCAAGAUCUGGUUCCAGAACCGCAGGAUGAAGUGGAAGAAGGACAACAAACUGAAGAGCAUGAACCUGGCCUCGGCCGGCAGCGCCUUCCAGCCUUAGAGGGAAGGAAACAAACAAAAUGUCCCCAGAAAAUACUCCAAAAUCCGUCCAAGAAAACUGCCUCCACAAAAAACUAAAAAAAAAAA